CGGCGGUUUUCGGCAGUGUAAAAAGCGGCAGUGACCUCAAGACGGGUCACCGGAUACACCGAACGCCCGCAGGCAAGGCCGCAGCUAUUCCUCCCCUUUCUCCUCUCCCUUCCUCGAGCUACUCCUCCUCCCUUCCGUCUCCGGCAAGGCGAUGGGCAGCGCCGGCGGCGGCGAGAAGUCGCCCAUAACCCGCAUCCUCAGCAUCCCCAAGGAGGGCGAGCGGAUCCUCGCGCCCACGCGGCGGCCCGACGGCACCCUCCGGAAGCCCAUCCGCAUCCGUGCCGGGUACGUCCCCCAGGACGAAGUUGCCAUCUACCAGUCCAAGGGCGCCCUCUUGAGGAAAGGGCUUCAGCCUGAUGUUCCACCGGGCUACGAUCUGGCGCUGGAUGCCAAGCCGAAGACCAAGUCGGCGAAGAGGAACGAGAGGAAGAAGGAAAAGCGGCAUCAGGCUGCACUUGCUUCAUCAACUGAGAAGGGCAAGAACUUGGAUUCAGAGCAAGCCGAGAUGGUAAAAUCUGAAGAGGUUCCUUCUGCUGAACUCAUGCCCCAGAGAUUGGAGUCCAUGGAAUCAGUGACUGACCAGAUGGGUAGGAUCUCUCUUUCCACGGCAUCUGUGGUGGUUAGCCCUUCGACAAAUUUAAAGGAAGAUCCAAAACCAGAAGCUUCUGGUCCUGAUAUAGAUAGAAGGAUUCGAGCACUGAAAAAGAAGAUUCGGCUUGCGGAAGCACAGUUACAGGGAAACCAACAAAAUUUGAAACCUGAGCAGUUAGAGAAGAUGGCAAAGAUGGAAGGAUGGCGCGAAGAACUGAAACUUCUGGAGGACAGAAAGGCCAAUCUGGUUUCAUGAGUUGCACUGGUUCAAUGAACUAGUUAUCAAAAUCCUAAUUUCAACUGGUUGUGAGUGCUCUUUUUUUGUGAAAUCCAGCUCUGUGGGCUAUAUGCUCAGUUUACUUGUGGGUGUUCUUAGCCAACACCAGUAUCAGAUAAAUUGAUUUUAGGACCUGUGACUGUGCGGGUGGUGUACUUUAGUAUAGUUAAUGUGCGGGUGAAUUGUGCACUUUAAUUAUUUAUCUUAAUUAGGUACUUAUGCCCACACAGUUCAUGCUCGCAGAUGUACAUGUCCUCAAACUGGUGACGGAUAUUUACCAUUUCAACUGUUCUGUUCUCUCAGGUCAGUCACCCUUGUUGCCAGUUAUAUUGGUAAUUUGCAUUGCUGUAUUUUCUGCCUUCGGAAACAACUGGUAAAAGAUUAUUUUGCCCUUAUAUUAGUGGAAUAGAAUGUGUAACAGCUGCAUGACUGCAUGCUAUAUAGGUGUUUACUCUGUUUAUAUUCAUAUUGAGGUACUUGGACGGCCUUGUUUUGAGUA